GGGCAGCGCAGGGAAGCGAGGCAGAGUUUGGGGAAAGUGAAGGAAGAAGAGAGAGGGGCUGCCGGGGCAACGGGAGAGGAAACACACAGGACGGCAGCAAAAUGAUGAGCGAUGCAAGUGACAUGCUGGCCGCGGCCUUGGAGCAGAUGGACGAUAUUAUCGCAGGCUCCAAGGCCCUGGAGUAUUCCAACGGGAUAUUUGACUGUCAGUCCCCCACCUCGCCGUUCAUGGGAAGCCUGCGCGUUUUACAUCUCAUCGAGGACCUGCGCGGGAUGCUGGAGAUGAUGGAUCCGGAGGAGCGGGAGAGCUUGCGCUGUCAGCUGCCGGACUCCACGGCCGACGCGCUGGCGGAUUGGCUCCAGGUCCAAAUGGUAAAUGGACACAUUACCGGGAGUGGAGACAUUUACCAGGAGAGGCUGUCCCGUCUGGAGAAUGAUAAAGAAUCGCUAGUUCUGCAGGUGAGCGUGCUGACCGACCAGGUGGAGGCUCAGGGAGAGAAGAUCCGAGAUCUCGAGUUCUGUUUGGAAGAGAACCGGGAAAAGCUGAACGCCACCGAAGAAAUGCUGCAGCAGGAGCUGUUAAGCCGGACGUCUCUGGAAACCCAGAAGCUGGACCUGCUGACGGAGAUUUCCAACCUGAAGCUGAAGCUGACGGCCGCAGAGAAGGACCGCACGGAGUUUGAGGACAAAUACAAAGAUACGGAGGGAUUGGUGCAGGAGAUGAAGUCGCUCCGGCUCCGCGUGGUCGAGAUGGAAAACGAGAAGUCUCAGUUUGAGAAGAAGCUCAAAUCCACCAAGCCGUUAAUGGCCAAACUGUCUAGCAUGAAAAUCAAAGUGGGGCAGAUGCAGUACGAGAAGCAGCGCAUGGAGCACAAGGGCCAGGCCCUGCAGGACGAGCUGGCCGUGUUAAAGGAGCAGUUGGAGGAGAAGGAAUCGGACAUCAAGAGACUGAAACAAAACGCGGAUUCACCGGCCGGCGCGGAUGCCGCAGCGCUGAAUGAGAAGGAUGCCGAGGUUCAGAGAAUGAAGAAAGCCAUGGAAUCUCUCGUGGCCUCCAAUGAAGAGAAGGACCGUAAGAUCGAGGAACUCCAGCAGUCUCUAAACAGAUACAAGAAGGUUCAGGACAUGGUGGUCAUGGCACACGGCAAAAAAGUCAAGGACGUGGAAAGCGACGAUUCUGUGAUCUCGGCGUCCAGCUCGCUGGCGUUCGACUCCAACACUUUAAGCGACGGGGAUAAAAGCCCCUCGCCGAUCCCUCUGUCAGCCGCUCCGAGCCCCGAAGAGACACACCAGCACACGGAGACGCACACGAGUGUCCUGCAGGUUUCCAUCCCCUCGUUCUCAUCCCCGGCGGCUGCUCAGAAACCGAGCGAAGAACCUAAACAGAGCGCUCCGGAAGAGCCGACGCAGCCCGGUCCCAGGGAGGUGGAGGCCGUCGGUUCAGCUACGGAAGCUAAAGCUGAAGAGUCUCCGGCAAUUUCAAGCAAGAAAUGGAGCAGUUUGGACACGCUGGACCAAGACGCCGCGAAAAGUCCUUCUCCGGAAUCCGGCAAGUUUGGGACCCUUCCUCCGAAACCCCCCGGCCACGCCGGGACCCCCGAACAUGAAAGCUUCGGGACCCGCAAAGCCAGAUCGUCCUUCGGCCGCGGCUUCUUCAAGAUUAAGAACAAUAAGAAGGCUGGAAGCGCCCCCAACCUAGACCGCAGCCGAAGUGCGAGCGCCCCGGCACUAGCAGAUUCGGAAAAGGGUUCGGCCGACCACCUCGACCUGGCCGUGUCGUCCCCGCGCGUCGUCGACGGGGGAAGCCUUUCCAGCUCGCCCUCCUCUCCCGACACCAAGAAGAAGCCGAGGGGCAUCAAGAAGCUGUUCGGGAAGCUGAAGAGAAGUCAGUCCACGACGUUGAACCAAGAAGAGGACUUUGCCGACACGGAGACGGAGUUCAAGCGAGGAGGCACCAGAUCUACGGCCGGGCCGCGGCUGGGCUGGUCUCGAGACCUCAGUCAAGGCACCACCGGGGACCUGGACACGCCGUUUGCCAAGUGGACGAAAGAGCAGGUGUGUAACUGGCUGCGGGACCAGGGGCUGGGGGGCUACGUCAACAACGGCAAGCAAUGGAUCGUCUCCGGCCAGACGCUGCUCCACGCCUCGCAGCAGGACCUGGAGAAGGAGCUCGGGAUUAAACACCCUUUACACCGAAAGAAGCUCCAGCUCGCGCUUCAGUCCCUCGGAUCAGAGGAUGAUGGAAACUAUGGGAAACUGGGGUACAAAUGGGUCACAAGAUGGCUGGAUGACAUCGGCCUCCCUCAAUAUAAGACGCAGUUUGAUGAAGCCAAGGUUGACGGCCGGAUGCUUCACUACAUGGGGGUGGACGAUUUGCUGUCGCUAAAAGUCGUGAGCGUCCUCCACCAUCUCAGUAUUAAAAGGGCCAUCCAGGUUCUGCGGGUCAACAGCUUCGAGCCCAACUGCCUGCGCAGGAGACCUUCGGACGAGAGUAUCAUCACGCCGUCCGAGGUGGCGCAGUGGACCAACCACAGGGUCAUGGAAUGGCUGCGCUCCGUCGACUUAGCUGAAUACGCCCCCAAUCUCAGAGGAAGCGGGGUACACGGGGGUCUGAUGGUUCUAGAGCCUCGGUUUAACGUGGAGACCAUGGCGCAGCUCCUCAAUAUCCCACCCAACAAGACCCUCCUGCGGCGGCACCUGGCAACGCAUUUCAACCUCCUCGUCGGCCAGCAGGCCCAGGUCCAGAAACAGGAAGCGCUGGCGGCCCCCGACUACCUGCUUCUGACGGCGACCGCCAGAGUCAAGCCCAAGAAGAUGGUUUUCGGCAAUUUCGGGACCUUACGGAAGAAGAAGCAGGAGGAGGCGGAGGAAUACGUCUGCCCCAUGGACCUCGGCCCGUUCUCCGCCAACAGUAUCAUCAAGCCGCUCCGCUCCGGCCUGGAGAUCAGGCUGCUGGACGACGAAGACCUGGACCGGCUGGAGGAGAUGGAGGAUUCUGAAGGAACGGUGCGGCAGAUCGGCGCGUUUUCAGAAGGGAUCAACAACCUGACGCACAUGCUGAAGGAGGAUGAAAUGUUUAAGGAUUUCUCGACCCGUUCCCCGAGCGCCAGCAUCACAGACGAGGAUUCCAACGUGUGACGCCGAUCCGCCGCGUUCUGAUAAAUAUUACGCCGUUUCCGUGCAUGACUUUUAUUUUUUAAACAUUCAGAGGGGGGGGAGAAGCCGUCGGAGGGGGGGGAGAGUGCCUUGUAUUUUAAGUGGCAAUAACAAAGGAAACCUCAGUCAUUUGGUAAAUAGUAUUUAAUGUGGAAAA